AUGGCCUUGUCGCAGCUGGCGGCGCUGGAGGAAGCGGGGCCUGAUUUGGGGGUGCUGCCUGCAUUGUACUCCGAGGGCCAGCGGCUGGCACUCGAGGUGCUGCUGAGUGAGGGCUCCGAGGCCUUCCAGGCUUGUGUGCAGCGUGAGGGGCUGCGGCCCUUCCUGAGUGGGGCCGAGCUCCAGGGCCUAGCCGCUGCCUCCGAGAACUGGGGUUCAGCCAGCACUGAGCCCGGCUGCAGUGCUGAGGGAGCCCUAGCCGUUGAGGCCAAGGCCGAAGACGCCGACCGGGACAGUCUCACCUACUGGCCUGGCCAGUCGGAGGAGCCACCGCCCACACUGCGGCUGGGCUGGCCGGAACCUGGUGGCUGGAAAGGCAUCACCAGGGCCCAGCUGUAUACGCAGCCCCCUGCCGAUGGCCAGCCCCCCCUUAAGGAGAUGGUGCGACGGGAAAUCCGCGCGGCAUGCAAGCUGGUGGCUGUGGUCAUGGACGUCUUCACGGACCCCGACCUGCUGUUCGACUUGGUGGACAUGGCGACCAGCCGCUGGGUGCCUGUCUACGUGCUUCUGGACUGCCAGCAGCUCCCCGCCUUUCUGGAGCUGGCGCAGCACCUGGGGGUGAACCCCCGUGCCACAGAGAACCUGGACGUCCGAGUGGUGCGAGGUUGCAGCUUUCAGAGCCGCCAGCGCCGGCAGGUGAGGGGCAGCGUGCGGGAGAAGUUCGUGCUGCUGGACGAAGAGAAGGUCAUCACCGGCUCCUACAGCUUCACCUGGAGUGACUCCCGCCUGCAUCGAGGCCUGGUGACGCUGCUCACGGGGGAGAUCGCAUCUGCCUUCAGCGAAGAGUUCCGGACCCUGUACGCCACAUCGGGGCCGCUCCCGCCAGCAGCAGUCACCCCGAGUCCCUUGCUUGGCACCCUGGGGAGCCAGCGGCCACCCACACCUAGCCCACACCGCGUGGCCCGCCGCUGUGCUGUGACACCCGACAUCUCACUGGCUCAGCGCCUGGCUGCUUGCCGGCUGGAGAGGGAACCCCCCAAGGUCCCAGGGCCCCCCAAGCCAGCACUUAGUGACAUUCUUCGGAGCAUGCAGCGAGCUCAGGCUACCAGCGGGGGCCCAGCCCGACCCAGCCGCUCUCUCUGGGACCUCAGCCGCAUGUCCCAGCUGUCGGGGUCCAGCGAUGGUGACAGUACCAGCACUGAGCCCAAGAUGUCCUGGGACUCCAAAGAUACCCCAGCCAGGGCCCUCAUGAGGCAUCGGGGUGCUGGUGGGAUCCCCCGGAUCGAGCCGGAGCCCCGCCUGUUGACUCUGUCGGCUGCUCGACACCUCCACUACCUGCCCCCUACGCGCAGAUGGUUUGGGGAGGAGCCAACCUACAAGCUUCCCUACCCCAAGAACCCAAAACAGCCAGACAGGGCCCCACUGGCAGCAUAUGGGGCACGGCCCUGA